CUUUCACUUUCAACAGGAUGUGAUAAAACACUUGGUAGAAUUGAAUCAACAUGCUUAUGUAUUUCACAUUGACAGCGUUUCUGUUGGUUGUAGAAACACUUGCUGUAGGAAAAUCAACAGAAUUUGUGACAUCAUGUUUUUCUGGUAAUGAUUUGACUAACUUGAAGAAUGAGUCCUGUGGUGAAAAUAUAACUAACUGUUACUAUACAGUGACCAUACCAGAAAAGAGUCUAACAUACAACAAGGAACACAGUAAACAUGAUUUAGUCUACAAUAUGUCAUGUGACUUUUUAAGUAUUUGUAACAACACACUUGAAAAUCAGUUUGUUGAGAUUUCAAACUUCACUAGAAAUGGUACGACACAUCAGUUUUGCUGUAACAAAAACAACUGCAACAAACCAGUCAACACUGAUAAUAUUAAAAAGAAGUGUUAUAAUGUUUAUAAACAUGAUAAUAUAUCAGAAGGUUCAAUUAAAGAGUGUUUGUAUUCUGAUUCUCAAUGCACAAGCUUUACAAGACACAUGGAAAAUGGAGAGAAACUUCAAUACUAUUCCUGUGAACACAACCUUGGACUAUUUAAUGUAUCAUGUGGAAGUAGUCAAGAAAGUCAUUGUAAAAAUGUAAGUGUACCUGUAGGAGGUGUUGAAACGAAGGUAGAAUUGUGUUGUUGUUAUGGUGAUUUGUGUAUGACUCCACCAUUCAAUUAUACUAAUAAUAAGUUAGCCCUGAAUUUGACCUCUAAUGGUACAAUAUGGAUUGCAGACAACAAAAUUGAACAUCCAACACCAAAGAACAAGAAGUACACUGAUUGGCUGUUUUAUGGAGGACUAAUUGCAGCUGCAUUGUUAAUUGUACUAAUAGUAGUUGCUGCCAUUAUUGUUGGAGUAAAGUGUAGGAAGAAAAAAGAAACUAAUAGACUAAUGCUUGCUUAUACUCGAAUUGCUGCAGACGAAACACCUGAUGAUGAUGCAGAUGUAAGAAUGCUUCUUGGAUGAGGUUAUAAAUAAAACAGAUGUGAGAAGGUGCUUUGACAAUGCUAUGGAUGGUAUGAUACUCAAAGAUUAAAUUUAUGAAAUCCAUGCUUCAUUAGCAAACUAUACAUUGAAUAAUUUAAAAUCAGUCAUCAAGAAACAGUUAAUGUUUUUAAUUUAAUUGGCUAGCUACAUUAUUAUAUAAAAGAUGGGAAUCUCAUAUACUCAAAACGGAGUAAGGAUAUGAAUGGAAAUUAGGAAUACAUGUAAAACUUUAAUGUUGUGAAGUUUUAAACCAUUCUAUUGUACAAUUGUUUGUUUCAUUGACUUGUAUCUUAUAACAUCAAAUAAUGAUCUAAUAAUUAGUAGCUAGAUUUAACUAUGAUUAUGAACCUAUCAAAACCUUAACAACAUUUUAUUUUACAUAUGCUAUUUAUAUAUUUAAGAGACAAAUUUGGUUCCAGUAGAAUGGUAUAGUUGUAAUGUGGUACCUUCAAGUCAUGCAUUAACAGUCCCAAAUAUCUGAUUCAUAUCCAGAAAACUCAAAUGUUGACAAUGUUCAGUUGAUUAUGUGAAUAACUGUUAUUUUAUUAUUAUUGGUUGGAAGCCACUUUUUUGUGGAAUUCAUAGGUACAGUGAAAAAGCAAAGGAGUCGGUUCAGUAAGAACCCUUUUUGGCCCCAAAAUAUAGCAGUUUUACAAAAUUGUGAAAAUGUAAUCUUUUAGCUAUUUAUUGAAAAGCAGAAUUCUUCUGCUACACAAAUAUGGGCUGUUUUUGACAAUAUAAUGCACAUAUAUAUCGGGUACUACUGUCAUAAAGUCAUGCUAAAUUUCUGAAAUCUUGACAAUUUUAGCAUUUUAGUUAAAUUUUAGAUAGUUUCCGUCUUAAAUGAAAGUGGCUGCAUUCGUGUUCAUUCAUAAUAUUGAAAUGUAAGUUGUAUUUGAUGAUAAUACAUAACAUAUAUGAAGGUUGAGGAUGAACAAGGAUCGGCCACUUUCAUUUUUGACAAAAACCACCUUAAAUGUGACAAUAUUUUGCAUAUUUGAUAGAGUUUUCAUAUUUAAGCUUGAAUCAGAGCAUUUUAAUGACUAAAUCAGUUAAAAUCUUUCCCAUAAACUAAUUGAAUCAAUUGAAAUAGACACUUAGGUGUUUAAAAAGUGUCCAAAAUAUUUCUUUAGAUGAACCUGAAAUUAGAUGCCCAAAUUGGCCCUUACUGGAGCGACUCCUUUAAUUUUAAAGAAGUUAAAUUGAAAAUGGAAACAAGAAACAGGAGAUAUGCCAAAGAGAACACAACCUUACCAAAGUGCAGAACACUACACAUUUUCUAAAAGCAUGUUUUCAAACUUUGACAAAACACAAAAUCAUAUAUCCAUGAAAAUAAGAUUUUUUUUCAAUUCAUAAAAAUUGAUAAUCAAUACUUUAAUAUAUCCACAGAACUUUUAAAAUUUUGCUGUAUUAUGGAUUGUUUAUGGGCUUGCUUUAGCAAGUUAGAGUUUCAGAGUCCUCCUUAAUUUCAGAGGAUAUCCAAUAAUUAGUACAUAAGUCUGUCAUAAAAAAAAUACUGUUAUCACAUUAGCAAUAAAAUUCUGUGAUUCAUUAUCAUAAGAGGUUGUGUAAUGAAGAUGUUUUGAAAAAAACAUCCAAGGUCACUGCCACAAACACUCAUUAUAACAGAUCUUAGAUUUUAUGCUUAGCUAAUCCCACUCACAGAUAUUGAAUACUUUGCAUGUAUGCUCUGCAAUAUUCCACUAAGUAUUCAUUUGAGAGUUGCAAAGUACUAAACAUUACAAUAAGGUGCUGAAGAUAAAUGUUUAGACUUGUGUCUGAAUGUAUAGUAUUCUUUUUUUUGACAGAUAUUGAUGAUAUUUGAUAGCUUCAUCCCUAUUCAUGUAUAACCAUAGUGUCUAAAUAAUUAAAGGGCACCUUGUACAGGUGGGAACCUUUGUGAUGUUAAAACAAUGUCAUAAUAUCUGUUCCUAUUGGAAUUAGUAUUCUAUACUCCUUAUUCCAUUUUGAACAAAUGCUAUAAAAUUUGUUCCAGUGAAAAUAAUACUACAGAAUAUUUCUUCCACUUGGAACUUCUUCUAUUUUUUGACAAAUCAAUUACAUAUUCUUGUAUAAUUUUCAGAGUGAUGUUUUGAAUGAGUUGAUUAUUCUAUAACAAUUGUAAGGUUGACAUUCAUAGAAAGAUGUAUACAUUUUAUUAAUUUUGAUUUAUUUUUUAUUCCACUUCAUUUUGAGUUUUAUUUUUUAUUGCUUCAAUGUAGAGAUUUUCUUGAUUUAAUAUUGGUUUAUUUUUUGUUUUAUGAUUUAUUAUUUAUCAUUUACACUCGUUGUGCCAUGUUUUAAUUGUAUUAUUACAUUUCAUGUUUAAAGAUAAAAAUCUAAAGACAAUGUGAAAUGAACAAAUUAGUUUGUCUUGUAGAUUUUGAAAACUGACUUAUUUGUUGUUGUUGUUAUCUUUGGUCUAAUGAUAAAAUAUAUGUCAAUGAUAAGUCUUUUGUAGAUGAAAUGUUCAUCUGGUUCAUAAUUUUAUGCCUGGUAUCUAUGAUGUGUUCAUAUGUAAAUAUGUCACCACUGUUGUCAUCGUCCAUUGGUAGAUGCCUUGUUGAUGUUUUUAUUCUAGUUGCCACCUACUGUAGAUUCAUAAUUAUUUGUGGGGAACCAAUUUUAUUUUUAUUUUUAUUUAAUUUGAAUGUUGAAUAAAGUCAUGGAAGUAAAAAUUGUCUAUUGGCUUGUAUAUAAACCUUUGGAAACCCAUGCAAUUAGAUAUCUGGGAAAUAUAGCAUGUUUCCUUAACCAAAUAAAUUGGUUCCCACCAAAAUAACAAUGAUCUGGUUACAACAAAACAAUUUAUUUAAAUUUUAUCCACAGAGUUUAAAAUAAUCAUAUGGAAACCUGUUGUGUAAUCUUUCAAAAUAUAAACCCCUUAAUCAGCUGUUACAUUCCUCUAUUCUUAUUAAGAAACAUUAAAACGCAGUAAUGGCUCUAUAAAUUGAGUGUAAACAAAACCGUUAUGAGGUCUUCAAAGUGAUCGGCACAACUGAUGUCAAGUAAAGAAGGGUCUGCUCACCCUCAUGGACCACCUGAGAUCACCAAGGUUUUUAGAAUGGUUAUGUUGCUUAGUUAUUUUUUGGCAGGCUAUCAAUGUUUUCUUAUGUUGCCUUUGUUUUCUAGUUAUCUCUUUGUCUUAUUAGUUAUGAUGGUCCCUUUGGUAACUGACGCUUCUUUUUGAGUGUAUUUUUUAUUAUAUAUGUAGUAAGGUAUACA